AUUUGGAAAUGUUGACAAAAAAAAUAUAUAAUAAAUUUUGAACAAAAUAGAGUAUGUAUUUAUACCACACAGAAAACGACACAUGUUUAUAUAGGCCAUACCUAUAUUCUAAAAAUUGCUCUUCCUUUAUUUGUUUUUAUUUUAUUAAUUAUUCCUUAAUUUGUAUUGCAUGCAUAUCCUCAGUCAUAUAACUCAUAAGUAUUCAGACUUUCCAUUUCCUUAUAUUUUUGCAAUAUAAUACUCUUCUACAUACCUUGUGUAGUAUGCCAGCUGUCAAAUAGUAUUAUCACAAAUACGUUUUUACAUGUCAUGUUAAUAAUUAUUAAUUUAAGAUAAUGACACGUAUAUACCAGAAUCUUGCUCAACCUCUCAGGUUUCAUCUCGAGCUUAUCCUCACUGACGUUAAGAUGUAACGUAUAUAUUCGUCUUCAUAUUAUAUCUUUGGACAAACUCACUAAAUCGUUCUUGUUUUGUCUUAAACGGAACAGAAAACGAAAACGAUGGCGAUUCUUCUGUCUUUCCUCUUGCUUCUUCUCCUUCCCCUUCUCUUCUUGUUUAUCAAUAAGAACAAGAAACACUCAAACAAUCUUCCUUCAGGUCCAAAACAGAUUCCGUUCAUCGGAAACCUACACCAGAUCAAGGGCUCGCUUCACACAUGUCUUCACGACCUCUCCAAGAAACACGGACCCAUGAUGCUUCUCCGUCUAGGGGUUGUUAGAAUGGUCGUGAUCACAUCGAGUGAAGGAGCUGAAGAAGUUCUCAAAACCCAUGACCUUGAGUGUUGUACAAGACCUACCACUAUCGCCUUAAAGACUUUCUCGCGCAAUGGUAAUGACAUCGGCUCUGGGGUAUACGGUGAAACAUGGAGAGAGCUGCGUAAGCUUUCGGUUCGUGAGUUUUUCAGCGUUAAAAAGGUUCAGUCUUUUAGGUACGUUAGAGAGGAAGAGUGUGACUUGCUGGUCAAGAAACUUAAAGAAUCGGCUUUGAAGCAGUCUCCAGUUAAUCUGAGCACAACCCUAUUUUGCCUAACCGGGAGUAUCGUAUCAAGAACUGCCUUUGGACAGAGUUUCUUCGAGAACAAGCAUAUCGGCGAGGAAAGAGUCGAAGAACUGAUGCUCGAAGCUCACAAAAACAUGUCUCUCAAAUUCACUGAUCUCUUCCCCACUGGUGGUCUUGGAUGGUUUCUAGACGUUGUGUCAGGGCAACUUAAAAGACUUCAAAAUGUUUUCAACGAGGUUGAUACAUUUCUUGAUCAUAUAAUUGAUGAUCAUCAAUCUAAGACUUUCACACAAGAUCGUCCUGAUCUCAUCGACACGGUCUUAGAGAUGAUACAUAAACAAGAAGAUACUGAAUCUUUCAAGCUCACCAUUGAUCAUCUCAAAGGGAUCAGCACAAAUAUAUAUCUAGCUGGAGUAGACACAAGUGCCAUCACCAUGAUUUGGGCUAUGGCAGAACUAGUUAGAAACCCUAGAGUGAUGAAAAAAGUUCAGGACGAAAUCAGAACUUGCAUUGGAAGCAAACAAACGGAGAGACUUGCGGAAGAAGAAAUCGAUAAACUUCAAUACUUGAAGCUUGUGGUGAAAGAAACCUUAAGACUACACCCACCAGCUCCUUUGCUACUCCCAAGAGAAACAAUGAGUCACAUCAAGAUUCAAGGCUAUGACAUUCCACCAAAAACCAUUCUAGUGAUCAAUGCUUGGUCGAUAGGACGUGAUCCUAAAUACUGGAAGGAUCCAGAAGAGUUUACCCCGGAGAGGUUUAUUGAUAGUCCUGUGGAUUACAGAGGAAAAAGCUUUGAGUUCUUACCAUUUGGUUCUGGACGAAGGAUUUGCCCAGGUAUGGCUUCAGCUAUUGCUACCAUUGAAUUGGGACUCUUGAAUUUGCUUUACUACUUUGAUUGGAGUUUGCCUGAAGAGAAGAAACAUAUGGACAUGGAAGAAGCUGGUGUUGUCACUGUUGUUAAGAAAAUUCCUCUUGAGCUUAUUCCUAGUCUUCACCAGUGAUUGGUUCAUAGAGUCUAGAGGAACAAAAAGCUGAACUGUGUAAUAGAUCAGACUUCAGACUAAGAGUUGUGUUGUUUCUUAAGAAUAAAACUUGUGGGGAAAUUAAUGUUCUCCUCUUGCUAAAAAUUGGUUUGAUUCACCGGUUUGUAUUCGGUUCAAAUAUGACAUGUAAUAUUAUCAUCAUUUUAAAUAUAAUCUUGUGAUAUUUUCGUUUUAAUAAGUACUUACAGUAUA